GCAAUUCCACGUUGCCACGGGAAGAGCCUCGGUCAACUGGUGGAGGAAUUUGAGGACAUCGAGGAUGAGCGGAGGGACUUGCUCAAGGAUUCCCUGAAAACUAUCGAAGUCACCGAGAACCAGAAUGCAGUGAGGUACCUGGUUCGUCUAGCAGAGGCACACGUGACAUUGGUCAGGCUCCGGAGAUACUUGCAGGCUGCAGAAAAGGUCCUCCACGCUGCCCACUCGCUCAGAUCGGAGCAUGGACUCCCAGAUGUUAGAGUAACGGUCGCCAAGAGUAGAAUCGAGAAUGAUGCCCUGAGAAACCUUUUGUCGAAGCUGUCGAAAAUCUAUUCCGAAACGAGUGACAUUCAAGUUUGGAGCAUGCCGUACAUCGUGCGAGGUCUAGUACUGCCAGUUGCUCGCGCUUUCAUUCACAGUGAAGAAAAACUCCUGGAAGUAAUCGUGAAAUUCCAGUCCGAGCUAAGUCGUGCCACCGAAAAGAAAAGCAUCCUCCUGGUCAAUUGACCGAUCCCAGACGACCACGACUCCAUUGAUUUUUCCUCCAUAUUAAAACAUGUUCUGGAAAUCUUUGAAAUACAUAUACCCCGCUGAAAAUUA